AUGGCGGCCGCCCUGGUGGAGCAUGUUGUCGCAGAUGCUGGAGCGUUUCUAAAGAAAGCUCCUCUGCAGGAAAUCGGCAGAAACAUUUACACGCUGAAAGAUGUGGUGGACGAGAUCAGAGACAAACCCACCAGGAAGAGUCUGGCCUUCCUGCCGUACCAGCUCACCUUCAAAGAGCCGCACCCUGAACACAUCAGGCUGGUCACAGAGUUCUCUAAGAAGACGGGAGAUUACCCGAGUCUCUCCGCCACCGAUAUCAAAGUCAUGGCUCUGACCUACCAGCUGCAGCUCGAGCAGGUCGGCCCCCAAAACCUGAGGAAAGAGCCGGAGGUCAAGGUGAACAUUCAGAGCACACGACGACAUCCAGAGACUCCGGUUAACGUCGCAGGAUUCCACUUUCCCUCCAAGAAAGCAGCCGACGGCCUGAGGGACCGACAGUCACAAACACAGACGCAGAACUCGGUGGAGAACGAAGAGUUUAACAGCUUCCAGUUCUGGAGAGCUCCGCUGCUCUGCAUGGACGACGAGCUGCUGGAUCUACUGGAUCCGGUCGAGGUUUUGAAUUCAAAGAACAAACAGAAAGAGACGAGCGCUCAGACGUCUUCUGUGGCGGCCGACAGCCAAGAGUUUAACAGCUUCCUGUUCUGGAGAGCGCCGCUGCCGUCCAUCGACCUCGAGCUGCUGGAGUUACUGGACGUCUCCGUUUCGGGAUCGUCAGCGCAGACCGAGGAGGCGGGACACGGGGACUCAGAGGACCAAUCAGACGGCGAGGACAAAGAGAACGAGCUUGAAGAAGAGGAAGAGGAGGAGGAGGAAGGGGAGGAGGAAGAUGAUGAUGAUGAUGAUGAUGAUGAUGGAGGCGGUUGGAUCACUCCCAGUAACAUCAAACAGGUGAAGAUGGACACGGCUGAUUGGACGGCUCCAGCUGAUGUCAGAGUCGGAUGUUUGACCACUGACUUCGCCAUGCAGAACGUUCUCAUUCAGAUUGGACUUCAUGUUCUGUCCAUUAACGGGAUGCUGAUCAAACAGGCCAGAAACUACAUCCUGAGAUGUCACGCCUGCUUCAAGACGACGAGCAACAUGAGCAAACAGUUCUGUCCUCACUGUGGAAACCAGACGCUGAAGAAGAUCGCUGUGACGCUCAGCGAGGACGGAAGCAUGCAGAUGCACUUCUCCAAAAACCCCAAAGUGCUGAAUCACAGAGGAAUGAGGCACACGUUGGCUCUUCCUCAGGGGGGGAAACACAGUAACAACCCUCAGCUGGUGGAGGAUCAGCGUUUCCCUCAGCAGAGACUCUCCCGUAAAGCUCGUCAGAAGACCGACGUCUUUAACCCCGACUACGUAGCCGGAGGAUCGCCGUUCUGCGAGAACGACAUCUACAGCCGCUCCGCUAACCUCCACAUCAGAGACGGCCACAGCGGAGGCGGGAAGAGACGAGCCAACCCCAACGCCAACCGCAACAAGUUCGUCAAGAAGAAGUGAAGAGCUGACUCUUGGACUUUGGACUCGAUGAGGACGAGAUUAAAGAACCAAACUGACGGUUUUAAUAAAUCUGACUCACUUUAAACUCCUGCUCAACAUUUUAAACAUCCAUCAGUUUGUAAAGCAGCCAAUUAAAACCCUUCGUCAGC